UAGAGGGGAGCGUGGAGGAGGGAAAGCGAGAGGAUUUUGGCGGGUGAGCAGCCGCCAGAUGCGAUUUUUGGCGGGGGCGCGGGCAUCUAGCGCGGGUUCUCAUCUCACUUAGGCGUUCGUCGGGGUGCCUGGACGCCUCGCCGGCUGGGCUGUCCUAGUUGAGCGUCGGAGCAGAUCGAAGCUGCUCGCUUCACUCUGCUUCAGGUUUUGAAAUUCAGAAACUUAGAUGAUGCUUGGUUGUUCUAGGUAAACUAUGGAGGUCGUGCAGGUUUUGAGGUCAGAAAAAGGUAUAAAAAUAUGAGUAGAUUUGACGGGAAAGCAACAUCAUGUAGAUAUGUGUGUGCCAAGGAGGGUUUUCGAGCACACGACAAGAGAGAUCAUAUCACAAAGAAUCCUCGAGCUCAAACAAGAACAAAUUGUGAAGUUCGGAUGACACUUUCAUUGGAUCGAGUGGCAGGGAAUUAUGAAGUGGUUGAUGCAAUGCUUGUACACAAUCAUGAUCUUUACUUGCCACAAACAUUCCAUUUGAUGUUAUCACAAAGGAAGAUUUCAGAAGUUCAAGCUUUUGAAAUUGCGAUAGCCGAUGAUUCUGGAAUUAGGCCAAAAGCUUCACAUGAGCUAGCUAGUCGCCGAGUUGGAGGACCAAUGAAUCUCACCUACACUCCUCGUGAUCUAAAAAACUUGCAGGGUAGGCGCCAGAGAGAGUUGGCAUAUAGACAGGCAGGAAGCAUGUUGAAGUAUUUUCAAGACAAGAUCGCCGAGAAUCCUUCUUACCAAUAUGCUUUGCAAUUGGAUUGUGAGGAGAAUAUAAGCAAUAUAUUCUGGGCUGAUGCUAAGAUGGUCAUUGAUUAUGCACACUUUGGCGAUGUUGUCACAUUUGAUACUACAUUUGGCACAAACAAGGAAUAUAGGCCUUUUGGGGUUUUUGUUGGACUGAAUCAGUUCAGGGAGACCGUUAUUUUUGGUGCUGCUCUUAUGUUUGAUGAAACAUUUGCCUCUUUCCAAUGGCCAUUUAAGGCUUUUCUAGCUGCACACAAUGGAAAACAACCUAGAGCUAUAUUUACUGACCAAGACACUGCAAUGGGAAAUGCCGUCGAGGAGGUAUUCACAGAAGCAUGGCAUGGAUUAUGUACCUUUCACAUAAUGCAAAAUGCUGUGAAGCACUUAUGCAAUAGCAAAGCUGAUGACUCACAUUCUCCAAAAGAUAAAAAUGAGGCAGAUGAAGAAGAAGAAGAAGAAGAACCACACAUUCUCUCAGAUUUUAGUGCUUGCAUGUAUAACAUUGAGGACACGACGACCUUUGAAGAAGCAUUUGACAUCAUGAGGAAUAAGGUGGACGAAAAGAAGAUGUCAUGGCUGGAUAGCAUCUAUAAGUUCAAGGAAAAAUGGGCUGAAUGUUACAUGAGAGAUGUCUUCACAUUGGGUAUGAGAAGCACACAAUUAAGUGAGAGUUUCAACAGUGACUUGAAAAGACAUUUAAAAUCAGAUUUUGAAAUCAUUCGGUUCUUGAAGCAUUUCGAAAGGGCGGUGCAAGGAAAAAGAAACAAGGAACUAGAUGCAGAAUUUGAAGCUAGGAAAAAGUUACCUAGAAUAAGCAUGAAGACACCCAUGCUAUUGCAAGCAAGCAAACUUUACACACCCACAAUAUUUGAAGCAUUUCAAGCUGAAUAUGAAAGAUCCAUGGCUGCAUGCACUAGAGCAUUGGAUGGAAAUAACACAUAUUCUGUUGCAAUUGUGAGGGCUGAUGGUGAUUUAAGUUCUGAACUAGAGCGCAUUGUUGUUGGUGAUUCUUUGGAUGGUGAUUUUGAGUGAUUCAUUGUAUAUAGA